ACAUAGAAAGAUGGCGGCGCCCAUGAGCGUGGGUGAAUAAGGAAGUGGGCGGGCGAGCAAAAAAAGGAAGAUUUUGAGGGUGGAAAGGAAGAGGGUUUUUUAAAUUAUUGUUAUUUUAACCUUUAUUGAGUUGGCUUCGGGGGCUUCUCAUUUUUACUGCUUAGGGAAAUCUCACUAUAAUUCCUUUGGAGCCAAGAGAGGGUCUACAUUAGGGGCUGUCCUUGGGUCCCACGACAUAAAUUUCCCCUAGCGCAGCCUGCUGCCGAGACCUCCUUUUAUCCUCUCCCUUUUAAAAACAACCCCCCCACAAUACCCUCCAGGCCUCUUCCCAUGUUUAGACAGCCUAGCUCUAGUUUGCUGUGUCCUUAAAAUAUACGUUUAUAAACUUAGGUCAGCUUUUUAUGAUGAUACCUGUAUCCAUAACACAUAAGGAAAGGCGGAGCUACUUCUGAAGAAUCGCUCAUAGUUACUUGGUCCCUUUCUUUGACCUCAUUGCCCCAAAUUAUUAUUAUUAUUAUUAUUUAUUAAAUUUACCAAAUACCAGAAUGUGGUGGGGUGGUUUACAGCGCCUGUCAUCAAGACACUCCCUUGUGGUCGGACGUCUCUGGCCAUCUGUCUUCGUUCGUGGUCCAGUGUUAUUGCAAGUGGAGUCAAGACGACCCUACACACCGCAGGCAGAAAGGAAAAGGUUCUACCAGAAUGUCAGCAUCUCCCAAGGUGAAGGUGGCUUUGAAAUCAACUUGGACCACCGAAAACUGAAAACCCCCCAAGCCAAGCUCUUCACGGUGCCAAGCGAGACUCUGGCUCUGGCUGUGGCGACCGAAUGGGACUCUCAGCAGGACACCAUCAAGUUCUACACAAUGCACCUGACAACCUUGUGCAACACAGCUUUGGACAACCCGUCGCAGCGAAGCAAAGAUCAGCUCAUCAAGGCAGCUGUGAAAUUCUUGGAGACGGACACAGUUUGCUACCGGGUGGAAGAGCCACCUGCCUUGGUGGAACUGCAGAAGAAUGAGUGGGAUCCCAUAAUCGAGUGGGCAGAGAAAAGGUACAAUGUUGUGAUUGGCUCAUCAACAAGCAUCAUGGGUCCCAGCAUCCCGCAGAGCACGAAGGACACCUUUGUCAGCCACCUGGCAUCGUAUAACAGCUGGGCCCUUCAAGGCAUAGAAUACAUGAUCACCCAGCUGAAGUCUCUGGUUCUCUCGAUGAGUCUGCUUGACAAGCACCUCACGGUUGAGCAAGCUGUCCUGCUAUCUCGUCUAGAGGAAGAAUUCCAGAUCCAGCACUGGGGGAACGUUGAGUGGGCCCACGACUAUGACAUGUACGAACUUCGGGCCCGCACAGCUGCUGCUGCCCUUUUUGUUCAGCUUUGCUUAGAGAAUUCCACGGUCAAGCACAAGCUGCUGCAGGACUGAGACUCUGCGGCGGACAAGGAACGGGCGCCGGUGGCACUGGACAGACCUGUAGAACAUCCAGGCCCGACUGAGUGGCGGGUGGAGAAGGUGGAGAAGAGAGGGAACUGGUGUUGGUGGGGUGAUGGAAUCGCACUACUCGUCCAAGGCUGACCUGGUGAUAGCGGUGAUGCUGAUGGUCCUUAGACUGACUGGGUGUGGCGAUUCUCCCUGAACGAGGGGGCAGGAAUGCCUGGCAUCCGUUUCCUUCUGUUCAUCCUGAACCUAGCCCUUGGCACAUCCAAGCAGACUUCCCUUCCUCAUACUACACACCCUGUCCUCCAACCCUUCCAGGCUGAGAGUCCUGGCCUUCUGCCAGGACCCUUAGAUGCCCCCAAGCUGUGAAUUCCAAGGAGGAAAUCUGUUCAUUCCUGAAAGUGACAGGCACCAUCCAGCUGCGACUAUUUUGUACCAUUGUGGCCCCUAUUCUCCUUGAUUCCCUGGCUCACUAGCAGCAGCCCAGUUUGAGUUUUCCAGCAGGGUGCACAUUUUCCACGGGGAGGCAAGCCUCUUAAGCACAGCUGCUGCAGGAUGUUCAUUUCGGCUGGGCUGAUGCUGCCCACCACCCAGCUUGAUUGGAAUCUGGACCAGUCAGUGGUGUGCAGUUGUGGCGCAGCCUCACCUCUUACCCAAGGUGGUGGCUCACUAGGGGCUCCUGGCAAAUCAAGAGAGAGCAGUCAAUCCCUUUGCUUCUCUCCAAACGAGAAUGGCUUCCACUGUGGGCAUCAGUGCUCCCCCAUUUGAAGUAAGUGGGGUCUUGGCAGCCUCCGUUGCACAAGGGGCGAAGAUGCUGCUGGGUACUUUGGACAGCAUGGAGGGGCGUAGGCACCUAUUUGACCUCUCAGCAGGCGAAUCACAGCUGCUUUUAUAGCAAACGUGGUAUAGUGAAAAUCUGGUGCAUUUGCACUGUCCUGCCCUCCUCGCUGUCUCUCCCCUCUCCUUGCAUUAAGCUGCAGCAGCAAGUUAUCUGCAGUUGGAGGGGGCUGAAACCUAGACCAGAACCAGAGUUAAGUCUCCCUAUAUCCCCCUAACCAUUGCAUGUCCUCCCAUAGUUUCAUAGCAGGCAUUUGUGUCUCCAAAGAAGCCAGAGCCUGCUAUGGCGGUUGUUUUCACCCCUUUGUGUACCCAGCAGAGAAAAAAGCAUUCUUCUCCCCUCCCUUACAAUUUGAUUAAAUAUUCCUGUUUGGUGCCUCUACAUGCAA